AUGAUGAGCAACUUUUUUACAGUUUAGUAUGCUAUACUUUUCUUACUUUUGGAGAAUAUUUCACUGAUUAAAAUAUUUUGGAUACUUAUAUAUUCGAAUUUCCUACGGACAACAGCACAAUGAAGGGGAUACGUGCGCAUAGCAUACGCAGUCCUGCGAUAUUAUUUUUGAUUUGCAUUUGCGUUAUUUUAUUUGGUACGACAUAUGGGGAAUUAAACACAAGAAAAGAGGGAAGAAGGCUUCAUAAGGACUCAAACGAACUCUCAGUUUCAGAACAUCAAAAUAUUCGUACUAGCAAUGCUACCUCACGUGUAUCUCCCAUCGAAACAAGUCCUAUCUCACAAAUAAAUCCCAGUACAGAUGCUAAUCAGAGAUCAGUACAGAGACGUAAAGACCGACAACGGAAAAAAUCUAAACAUGGUCGACGUGAGAAAGGAAAUAAAAGGAAUGGCAGAAAACGAAAAGAUAAUGAACUAAACAGAGGUGGGGAAACGGACAUCAACGAAGUUCUUCGAAAUACAAUGAGACAUAUGUUUGGAUUUGACCACAUCCCAGUAACCACAUUGCCUCCUGUCGACGCGAAACCACGUACUGCAGACGUCGAUCUUGAUUUGACCGAUUCCCAUACCGACUAUGUGAACAAAAAAGAUAUCAAGUCGUCCUGGUUAGACCAAAAUGGAGAUAUGAUGCCGCAACCUCCGGAUUUCAUGUUAGAGUUGUACAGAACAUAUUCACGAGAUAACAACUUGAUGAUGUUGCAUUCUAUAUCGCAAGGAAAUACCGUCCGAAGCUUUUUCCCAUCUCCAGCCGAUCCAAGCGAACGUUCAAAAAUACGGAAGGCCGUGACUAUAAAACCAGUUCAAGCCAACACAGGCGCCACUGACGGCAGCAAACAGACAACGGAGACUCAACGAUAUGAAUCGCCAUUUCCUGUGUUCCUAUUCAAUCUUAGCUCUAUUCCGAGACCCGAAACUUUGGUUCGAGCUGAAAUUCGUUUAGAUGGCAUGACCAGAUCAGCAAUGUUGAUGAAUCAACAUAAUAUCGAAAACACUCAGAACGAAACAUCACUCCAGAACUUGAAUAUCGUCGUUGGUGUUUACAAAAUCGACUCAAACGAUUGUGCGGAUGGGCUUGAUUGUAGCGUAUCAUCCAAGAUUUUUCAUCGAAUAGGAAACACCACUGCAUUGAAUUUUGAUGCAGUUGCAUCCUGGUCAGCCCGUAACCUGCUUCGACUUGCAACACAGGCAAGAGACCGAAAUCAUUUUCUGAUUGUGAGAUUUGAGAAUAGACCGGAUGAAAGUUUAUCGCGUCAAAUUCGGCACACUGAGAAAGAAAGCGCCGGCGAUGAUUUGCCUUUACAAUUCAUGAUCAGCGAAAAUGAGAGACUGAAGAGAAGCAGUAAUAGAGCAAAAGACAACUUAGAUUCUUCUGGUUCCUCUUUAAAAGAGCAAUGGUUCGACGUAAAUUUUGAUCACAGCCCGGAAACGCCGAUUUUGAUCAUAUACUGCAACGAUUCUAGAACAGCCCUUGUAAAGGACACCCCGUCACUCGCGCCUUCCAUUAUAUGGAGAAGACUGGAAAAUAUGACAAAUCUAUUUAAAAAAAGGGUUCGGCGUUCUGAACCCCAGGAUAUAGCCAAGGAUGAAGUCGAUAAUCGUAUUGUGGACGAAUAUGACGAAAACAACCAUGGCUCCACUCGGAGGAUGCAAAAAACUACACCCCAAGUGGUAGAAAAAUAUGAUAGUGAAACAAAAUCCGAAAAUCGCAAGGGUAAAAAUGUAACAAAAAUUAAAAAUAUCAUUUCCAAUGAAAAGUCGGGUAGAAAGCGGAGGAGAAAUCAAAAGUGCAAUGACGGAAAAAAGAAAGGAAAGCGUGGCUGUAAAAAGUCCAGCAAGGGACGGAAAAAGCAAAAGAAAGUUCCGCUUCAUCCAUCGGCAGUAGAACGGGACGAAGACUGUGGAAGAAAGUCAAUGAAUGUUGAUUUCGCUUCGAUCGGUUGGUCGGAUUGGAUCAUUUCGCCAACAACAUUUGAAGCGUAUUACUGCAGCGGUCGUUGUGAAAUAUCGAAUAUGCAGGUGGGGAAGCAAACUGGAACAACGAAUCACGCGAUAGUCCAAGCAAUUGCGAGACUGGCUGGGGCUACAGUUCCAGAGCCUUGUUGUGCUCCAGACAAACUUAUGCCGCUUUCCGUUUUGUUUUUCGAUGAAAAUAGCAAUGUCGUGUUGAGAGUUUACACUAAUAUGUCAGUGGAGACAUGUGCCUGUAAAUGAGCUUGGUGUCCUCAUUUGAUAAUAAUAAUAAUUAUGAACCGGGACCCGGGCAGAUAAAGGUUCGCUGGAUGAGGCGUUAAAAUCACGAACCAACAAACUGGGACUUGUCGUGGGAAACAAGCGUACGUAUUCGAACGCUUCACAAACACCAAUUGGAUGCGAUGCAACCCCUCUUCUUCAAUUUUACUUCGGCGAGGAACACACUAAAAAUUGUUCAUGUAUUGAAGCGUUUACCAAUUUUACUAUUUUUUAUAUUAAAAAAUUUGUUAAAACGUUUCUGUUGAGUUUUUCUAUUUCUUAAUGCAAAUGUGUUUUCCAAAAUACAGCAUAUACAACAACAAAAGUAUUUGUUGUUGCGACUUUUUAAAUCGAGUGUUGUUGCAGUUUACAUUCUUUUGAAAGAAAUAAUUGAUUUUGCCCAUAUUGUUUCCCCGGUGUGACUGAAAUGAUUAAAUAUUCAAUGGUUUUUAAAGGUGUACUUCUUGUAACAUACGUAAAAUACACGGAUUAGCUAAAUAUAAGAAUCAAGCAAAAUGUAUCGUGGUUUACCUUAUUUUUACUUAAUACGCAUUACUCAGAAAACUAAAAAGAUUCUAUUCAACCAUGUAAUUUAGGUUCCAUUAAACAAAGUGAUUUUCAAUUGUUAACAAAAUCUUGCAAAAUAACUCGUCGAGCUACCAAUGUUUUUAUAUGAUCUACUUGAUUUUUCAAGUUCACAAGUAAUUUACUUUAUUUUUUUUCAGUUUUUUGUGUUUUAUUAAUCAAACAAUUGAUUAUUUUCUAUACAUAAACAACAAAAAAAUGAAAAUAAA